GCCACACUGGGUAACUCAUUUACCAUCAAGAACUGAUCAUCUCUGACACUGGAGUUUGAACUCAAAUAUAUGAAGAAUCCUGUUGAUGGACUGUCUGUGUGCAGCCAAGAAGCAAUACUGUUGCCACUCGUGAGCAUGGGAACCAUGCCGUUGCAUCGUUUGUGUGGAAUGUUUGUAUUCCUCAGUGUUUGUCUGAUUUCCUUCACACCACCACCUUGCAAUGGAGGGAACAUUCUGGCGUUUCCUGUGGACGGCAGCCACUGGAUCAACAUGAAGAUCCUGCUGGAAGAACUUCAUGCCAGGGGUCACAGCAUCACUGUUAUCAGGCUCUCUGACAGCUGGUACAUCCCAGAACAGUCUCCUAUCUACACAUCCAUAACCAUUGAAGUGUUUCAGAGUUUUCAGGACCUUUUUGGUGUGUACCUACAGGAGAACAUCAGGGCGCAGAGAGAGGGGGCUUCAGCACUUACUUUCUUCAAACUCACCAAGGACUUCCUCUCUUUGAUUUCUGAGAUUCAUUCAAUGUGGAUUGAUGCUGUUGCUAGAAUCUUUGAUGAUGAAAAUCUUGUCAAAAGAUUAAUGGAUGCCCAAUAUGACCUUGUUCUCACUGACCCAGCUAUAGGAUCAGGGGUCUUACUAGCCAAGUAUCUCAAACUGCCCCUGGUGCUCAAUGUUCGCUGGGUCACCAGCGGAGAGGGCCACUUGGUGAUGGCCCCCUCACCACUGUCUUAUAUCCCAGUGUUUGGAUCAGGCUUAACAGACAAAAUGACUUUCAUCCAGAGGGUCAAGAACAUUUUUUUCUACAGCAUUUUAGUGUUCCAGCAGGAAGUCGUGGUGGGGCCGACCUAUGACGCUGUCUGUGAGAAAUACAUCGAGGGUGGAUGUGACAUCAUCUCGCUUCUGCAGGAAGCAGACAUUUGGCUGUUCAGGUCAGAUUUUGUGUUUGAAUUCCCCCGGCCAACAAUGCCAAACGUCGUCUACAUCGGAGGAUUUCAGUGCAAACCUGCCGAACCUCUGCCAGCAGACCUGGAGGACUUUGUUCAGAGUGCUGGGGAGCAUGGAGUCAUCAUCAUGACUCUGGGAACCUUAGUCAAUGCUUUGCCCAGAGAGCUCGCAGAUGAAGUCGCCAGCGUCUUUGCCAAGAUGCCUCAGAAGGUGAUUUGGAGGCACAAAGGGGAGCAUCCCUCUACUUUGGGCAAUAACACCCUGAUCGUGGACUGGAUGCCACAGAAGGACCUCCUGGGCCAUCCGCAGACCAGAGUCUUUGUGGCUCAUGGAGGAACCAACGGAGUCCAGGAGGCCAUUUACCAUGGGGUCCCUGUGCUCGGCAUACCGUUGUUCUUUGACCAGUAUGAUAACCUUUUACGUCUGCAGGAGAGAGGGAGCGGAAAGAUCAUUCAGCUAGCCGAUCUUAAUGCCCGCAGUUUUGAGCAAGGUAUUCAUGAAGUGCUCCGUGACGACAGCUACAGACAGAACAUGCAAAGACUGUCACGUUUGCACAGAGAUCAGCCGAUGGCGCCCAUGGAUCAGGCCGUCUUCUGGGUUGAAUAUGUGAUUCGCCAUAAAGGGGCUUCUCAUCUGCGCACAGAAGCCUAUAAGAUGCCCUGGUACUCAUACUACAGUUUGGAUGUAGUGUUACUAUUGAUUACUGCAGCUACUGGACUGCUGCUGUCUACUUUGGCCGUUUUCAGGUUCCUGUGCUGCAGAGGGAGAAGGACCACCAAAACGAAACAACACUGAUGAUGGUGAAAUUUGUUUAGAAAACCUGUUUUGAAUGUUA